AGCAUCACUGUUUGAUGGUGUGUGAAGAUAACCCAGGAAAUUAAAGGAGCUUCUAAGGAGAAUUUGCAGAGGAUGCUCUAGAGAAAGUCUGAGUACUGAGGAAAGUGAGAGCCAUGGACCAGAACAACAGCCUUCCACCUUAUGCUCAGGGCUUGGCCUCCCCACAGGGUGCCAUGACUCCUGGAAUUCCCAUCUUUAGUCCAAUGAUGCCUUAUGGCACAGGACUGACUCCACAGCCUAUUCAGAACACCAACAGUCUGUCUAUUUUGGAAGAGCAACAAAGACAGCAGCAGCAACAGCAGCAGCAGCAGCAGCAGCAGCAGCAGCAGGCAGUAGCAACUGCAGCAGCCUCAGUACAGCAAUCAACAUCUCAGCAGUCCACACAGGGUGCCUCAGGCCAGACUCCACAGCUCUUCCAUUCUCAAACUCUGACCACUGCACCAUUGCCAGGCACCACCCCCUUGUACCCUUCACCAAUGACCCCUAUGACCCCAAUUACUCCUGCCACACCAGCCUCUGAGAGCUCUGGGAUCGUACCACAGCUGCAAAAUAUUGUAUCCACAGUGAAUCUUGGAUGUAAACUUGACCUAAAGACCAUUGCACUUCGUGCCCGAAAUGCUGAAUAUAAUCCCAAGCGGUUUGCUGCUGUCAUCAUGAGAAUAAGAGAACCUCGGACAACUGCGCUGAUUUUCAGUUCUGGGAAAAUGGUGUGCACAGGAGCCAAGAGUGAAGAACAAUCCAGACUAGCAGCAAGAAAAUAUGCUAGAGUUGUGCAGAAGUUGGGCUUUCCGGCUAAGUUCUUAGAUUUCAAGAUCCAAAACAUGGUGGGGAGCUGUGAUGUGAAGUUCCCCAUAAGGCUGGAAGGCCUUGUGCUGACCCACCAGCAGUUCAGCAGCUAUGAGCCAGAAUUAUUUCCUGGAUUAAUCUACAGAAUGAUCAAACCCAGGAUUGUUCUCCUUAUUUUUGUUUCUGGAAAAGUUGUAUUAACAGGUGCUAAAGUUAGAGCAGAAAUUUAUGAAGCAUUUGAAAACAUCUACCCCAUCUUAAAGGGAUUCAGGAAGACCACAUAGUGGCUGCCAUGUACGCGCCUCCCUACCCACUUGUUUUUUAAAACCAGUCAGUUUUGGUACCACUGGUGGUACAGUUGUGAGAAGAAGGACACUCAGUUACAGGUGGCAGCAUGAAGUGACACUGUGUGUCCUACUGCAGGGUACUGGAAAGGUUACCUCCUCUGCACUGAGACCACUCUGCAGCACUGCUGUGAGUUGCUUGCUCUGAGCUGCUACUUGGCAGCACUGCCCAUUUAUUUAUAUUUAGAUUUUAAACACUGCUGUUGAUGAGUUUGUUGGUUUAAGGGACAGAACUUUUAAGUGUUCAAAGCCACCUGUACAAUUGGACUUUUUAUUUUAACUUUUCCCACAUAAGCCAGUUUUUAUAUUUCUACCAGAAAAGUAAAAAUCUUUUUUUAAAAGUGUUGUUUUUCUAGUUUGUAACUCUUAGGAGUUAUUUUUGUGCCAGAUACAUUCCACCUUCCCAGUAUUGCAGAACUAAAUAGUUGUAUUAAUCAAAACAAAUGUACAUACUUUUCUUUCUUCAGAGUACUCUGCACAAAAAAAAUGCAGCUUGUAAAUUGUUAGAUUUUUGUUAUAAAUGAUACCUUGUAAGAGUCAUGUGAUCAUACUGUCAAAGAAAUUUAUUUUAGAUACACCUGA